GAUUGAGUAAAGGGGGAUUGAGGUGAGUAAAUUAGGAGCGGGCAACUGAGAGAGAGAGAUGGAGAGAGAGAGAAGCGGCUCAGUGUUGAGGUGACUGGCGGAGGGAGUGUGCGCGCGGCUCCGCUCUUAACCUGUGGCACUGGCUUUGCAACUCCAGUGAGUGAAACACCUUUGGAGGGGCAACAUUGCACUACUACUCUACUCCUCCUGAAGUGUACCUGUGUACCACUUGUGUCCAGUGCUGGAAUGUGCAACUAUUACUUUUUUACUCUCCUCCCUCCCUUCAAUAAUGUGAUUAAUAAGUCCUCCUUCUGUUUAAGCAACAAUUUUGUUUAAAUAGAUCGUAAGAUCUUUAAGUGGAAAAAAAAUAUCAAAACUUUUGUUUGUGGUUUUUGGGGGUUGAAAAAUUUUACCGAAAGUUGUGUGGGUAGCGCAAGAAAAGUCUGUGAAGAACACGUUAUCUUUCGGCUAUCUCGGGGCGGCAUGGAUCAAAGGGAGUGUGUAUGCCAGUCAAGAUAAGCUAUCUUGUGUGUAUUGCCGACACACUACUACUUCUCUCUCUCUCUCCCCCAGCUCGCCCUCUCUAACUAACUCAACCUAGAGAGAAGAAAGAACUACGGGCUCACCAUAGCCCGUGCUACUUGAAAACUUUUUUGUUCCAGAUAGCGAAUCUUUAAGAACAACUCAACUACCACCACAAUCUUCUUCAAACUGGGGGGAGAAGGUGUUUUAUACCUUCUCAAGAAAACCCCAAACUAAGGAUUUACUGCCGUCUUGAAAGGCUUAAAUGUGAUGAAAGUUAGAAACUUUUUUUAAGGAAGAAAAAGUUUAGCUUUGGAUUGCUUGCUGCUUUUGUUGUUGUUAUAAAGUUGUACGUAACUGGUGUGAGUGUGGAAAUGAGUUCAUGAGGUAAUUGGAACUUAAUAAAGUUUGAUCAGGAAUAUCCACGUGGGUGACAGCUAUGUGUGAACGGUUCUUGCCUCGGCUGACACCUCAACUCGCCAAGAAUUCUUCCUCCUUCUCAAGAUAUUCUUACAGCUUCACGCAAUUCCGGAUUUAGAGAUUUACACCUGCGCGGGGAGGAGGAAGUUAAAACAAAGUCUACGGGUCGGCGAAGCUUAGUUUGGAGAGCUUCACGCUGCUUCACACUGCUUCAUCCCAAGAUGGGGAUGGUGGAGGGCCGCUGAAUCAUAUUAUGAUUCUCUAAGCUCAAGAUUAAACCCCCCAAGCCAUGGCCAACUCCUUUGUUAAAUGGUGUAGGACCAAGUUCUUCAACGGAUACAAGCACAUUAAUGGAAGUGUCAUGUGAUGUUAGCGUAGCUGCAGGAGAGGCUGACCGCCAGGAGUUUUCCUUCACCCUCUAUGACUUUGAUGGUCAUGGCAAAGUCACCAAAGAUGAUAUUGCUGGGCUGGUGCGAACCAUAUACGAGGCUGUAGGAUCUUCCUUAUCUCUUCCUCCAAGUGGGUCUCGAACCAUUCGUGUCAAAUUAACUGUUGCCCCCGAAAAUUACCGAGGACGUCAGCAAGACUGCCAGCAGGAUGCAGACGAGUGCAAAAAGGGAGAUGAUGACAUUGACCCUUGUGAAUAUCCAUCAGGACGCAGUCACCGAAGACGAAAAGCACGAAGGCGAUCCACUUCACUUCAAAGACAUGAGCUACUUCAAAUAAUUCAGGCAAACAUGGAAAAGAAUAACCUCUUUUACACUCCAUUACAUCGUCGGCAUGACCAUCAUCACCACGAUCAUCAUCAUGAUCAUCAGAAUCGCAGACGUCGCCGCCACGGGUGUGGAUGCGACCACAGUGGGUCACCACCUGAUCCAGCAGAGGUAAAAGCUAGACUACUAGAACCAGAAUGCCCAUGCCGGCACACCCACUACCACAGUCAUACCCACGGCCCAAAUAGCACUUCCAGAUCCACAGGUUGCAGACGACAUAAUCGUUCUCACUCCCAUGACCUUUCACAUGACUCUCCGCAUGUGUUUCGUUAUCAUUUGCUUGAUAAAACUUUUCAGCCUUUACCUCCUUCAAAUACUCCUGACCAACCACCAUCUCCACCACUAGCUCACAAUCCCCAUAACCAUCCCCAGCAUCAGUAUCAAUACCAAACUAGGCACUAUCAUCACCAUCAUCGCUCAAGGUCCUUUGAUGCUGGAGAUACUCAAGGCUCUUCCCCGAGAGAGAGAGGUGGAAGGUUAUCUAGAAGCCAACAACAAAGCCAAUCACAGUCACAAAAACAACCAAAAGAGCAACUAGAAGCUUCACCACAAUCAAAACAGGAACACCAGGGUGGCAGUGAAGUGUCUCCUCAUCACACAAAGCAUCGCCACAGAGAAGCCGACCAUGCACGUGCCAUGGCUCAAGUGGUAUCUUGGUUAGAGAGAGGUACGCUAUUAGAGUCUCAGAAAUCUACUCCAUCUGGUGAAAGUGGCGGUAUUAAUGGUGGAGGUGGCAGUGGCGCAUGUCGGGAACAGACCCAUCACGUUCAUCAACACAUUCAUCACCAUUAUCAUCAUUAUGCAGACAAACAGCCACCGCCUGUGCUUAUUUGAGAUGACCCUCACUGCACCUCGUCUAACAUUACAUUGAGUGUUAUUAUUACAUGUUAACAAUAACUAGAAGUGUAUUGGUUAAACCUUUUUUGUGACAACACAAAAUAGAGAACCAACCUUCCUGUUAAUCCAUCCAGUAAUGUUUGAGGGUGCAGAAUUGUAAUUUUUUCACUAGAUUAUCGGUUCUAAAAGAACGGUCAUAAUGUUCCUGAACGUAAAAAGAAUUUUUUUUGUAAAUGCAACUUGUAAUAUCUAUAUGGAGAAUUAUGUACAGAAAAUUAAUUGCGGAGAUAUUUAAUUACUUAUGUCAUAUUUAUAUACAGUAGUUCCAGGAAGUUCAUAAGAAUGUUUCCUCAAUUACUAUGAAGUAAAUGCAGUGUGGAUAAUAUUUAUAUACAGUACUUCAUUCAGUCUUGCAGCAAACUGAUCCAGUCUGAACUGUCAAGUAUGGUGGCCAUAUUGACCUCCAUACACUUUAUAAUACAGCUUUUCAAGCAUUGAUGAGAUCUUUGAAAUUGGCUUGUUUGUACUUUGUGCUCAAAACAGGAUGGAUGACAAUGUUCCAAUUGCUUAAUGUUAGAUUUUUAUGAGUUGUAGCAACUAUUUUUUUCCAUUAUCUCGGCCUUGUUUCACUACUAUAAAAUAUACAACCACUUCCUAGUUUUUGGUCUCGACUGCAAAUGCACCUUUAGAAUAUUGUGACGCUGACAGUGCUACAUAGUCUUCCCGGCUGGGCACCUUGUUUUCGUAAUUAUUUGAUUGCAAAUGGUUAUUUUAUUUCCUCACUGUCAUCACCACCACCACCACCUCAUGGUGCAAAAUGUCAGCCUUGACUCUCAGUGCAAAGAUAUUCAGUGUGCCCAACUCUAUGCCUUCAGUUCACGGAAAGAAUUGUACAAUCGAGUUGAGCUUACUAUAGACCAUUCAACAAGCAAUUUCAUCAGAUAUAAUAAAAGAAUUAAUUUACAGUACUGUAUUGUCAUGCAUCAUAAUACAGUCUGUCAGUACAGUACUGUAUAUUGAAGAGUAAAUUUAAUGCAAGUGUGGCCAAAGGGACUUAGUACAUAAGCAGCACGAGUACAUCUCGUGCCAUAAUCAAAUGUGUACCUGUCACUCAACAAAAUUAUGAAUUUUCAUUUAAUGCAUUCCUUCAUUAAGUUCAAAUUUACUAUAAAUUAAACAAAGUUUUCUCUACAAACUAUUUUUAAGGAUGUUUGCAGUUCAAUAAUAAAUUUUUCACAUGUGACUUCGUGGAAAAAGUAUUUUUUGUGAGUUUAUUUUGUUUGAAAGUAGUGUACUGUAUUCAUAUAUUCUGAGGAACAAACCAAUUAGAUAAAACACUCAGCUUUAAUGGCUUCUAUGACUGAUAAUUUUGUUUAAAUAUACUGAACAGUACGAAAUUUAAUUAAUGAGGCUAUAUGUGCCCUAAUUUGGGCACUUAGAUAUAAAUGUGUGUUACAACAUAUGUGCUGAAAUUGGUUACAAAUUUAUUAAUGAACAUUUGCCAGUAAAUGCACUGAAAGCACAUCAAAAUACUUGAUAUUUAUUACAUAAACAGUUUGCUAAUACUUUACAGUAAUACUCUAGUACCGAUAAAAAGAUAAUAAUAUUUGUUAAGUGUCGGUCAGGAUGCCAGUCAAUAACAUGGCAGCCAAAGCAGACAUUAAUGUGUAUGUGUGUGCGUGUGUGUGUGCGUGUGUGUGAUCUAAACACAAACAUAACAUUCCUAUGUAACUAAGCUAUUAAUGGUUUUAUUCAAGGUUGCUCGGAGGGAGGGGGGGAGACAAUAUUUUACACCAGUCCUCUUAAUGGAUGCAUGUGACGACCUAAAAUAUCAAAACUGACACAUUUUGUCGAUGCAAAUAAGCCGGUUCACAUCGUAAGAUUUGGCGGCUUUCAAAUUGUAUAUUAUUCGAUAGCAUUGUUCACAUGCUUCAAGAGUUUUUGAAGGUUAAUAUAUAUAUAUAUAAGGGAAAUAUCUAGCAUUUUAACCUUGUACUGUGUACAAAUGAUGUGCUCUAGUUUACGCGAGAAGAAAUUGUCAUACUUCUCUCAAUACAAUACUUCUCUCAAGUAAUACAAUAAUAUAAUACAAUAGUUCAAGAGACAGUUGUGAGGAAAUGCAGGAACUCUGGAAAAUUUGUAAAGUUGUUAUUUAAGACAAAUACAGUAACUCCAUUUGUUGGUGAAUUAUUCUAGGCUUUAAUGGGAAUGUUGUACAGUAAUGUAAUCCCCAUUACUGAACUGUGCUAAGAGUUUAUCAGUUAGAUCACAUAAGCAAGCCUCAGGUGAUGUUAAGCUUCCUAGCAGUAAUUCUGGCCACAAAGGUUAUUAAAAGGACAACAAUUUAUGACUCGUCUGAACUACCUCAUUAGGUUCACCAUAACCAGACAUUUGUAUUUUUUGUAUAGGUAGUUAAUAUGUAAAAAGUGUAUAAAUAGUGUAUAUAUAUCCAUGUUAUAUGUUAUUGUUGUAUACUUGAUUUGUAUUUGUUCUAAAAUACAUUCAAGGGUUUCAUUAACCAUUUUCAUUUUUCUCGGCAGUGCAUUUAUGAGAAGUUCAAUGUUACAAAUUUUUUUUUUCAAUAAAUGGUGCUUCAUGUUACAUUAUCAUAAAAACAAUCAUUCCAAUUUUUGAGUUACAAUAACACUCACUGAAAAUAAAACAUACCCAUGUUUGAAAUUUGUGUUUGAAAAUUUUCAAACACAAAUGUUUGAAAAUUUAAAAUGUUUGAAAUUUUUGUAAUUAAAAAUAACCUUAAAUGACACUAUCAGUCAAAGCCGAGCUGAACUGUGCAGUCAUAUUUAUUCAGAAUGUGUUAUACGUUUUGGUUCAAUAACCAGCUAUAAAAGGCACAAAUAAAUGUGUUUCACAGC